AGGACUGAGGGGGCGGGGUGGCCAAAAUUUCGCGCCAAGCUGGCGGGUAAUCCCCGUGGUCAGUGUGACGUGCUAGCUUGGAAGUGUUUUCUGCUGCUAUCAUGGUUCGUCCGCUAAACUGCAUUGUCGCUGUGUCCCAGAACAUGGGCAUCGGCAAGAACGGGGAUCUGCCCUGGCCCCCGCUCAGGUACCUGCUGGGCCGGAGGAAUGAAUACAGGUAUUUCCAAAGAAUGACUACAACCUCUUCAGUAGAAGGUAAACAGAAUUUGGUGAUUAUGGGUAGGAAAACCUGGUUCUCCAUUCCAGAGAAGAAUCGACCAUUAAAGGACAGAAUUAAUAUAGUUCUCAGUAGAGAACUCAAGGAACCUCCACAGGGAGCUCAUUUUCUUGCCAAAAGUCUGGAUGGUGCCUUAAAACUUAUUGAGCAACCAGAAUUAACAAAUACAGUGGAUAUGGUCUGGAUAGUGGGAGGCAGUUCUGUUUAUAAGGAAGCCAUGGACAAGCCAGGCCAUCUUAGACUAUUUGUGACAAGGAUCAUGCAGGAAUUUGAAAGUGACACAUUUUUUCCAGAAAUCGAUUUGGAAAAAUAUAAACUUAUCCCAGAAUAUCCAGGUGUUCCUUCUGAUGUCCAGGAGGAGAAAGGCAUUAAGUACAAAUUUGAAGUAUAUGAAAAGAACAAUUAAUGUAAAAGUGUUUUCUGAUCUAUUUCAAGCCUCCUCCUCCCCCAGCAAAAUUAUGUAUUUUUUGUUGUAGAGACUUUUGUUGACUUUAGAUCUAUGGAUAAUUAUUUCUAAGCAAAGUACUUUUAUUCCCCAUUAAUCUUAACUAGACUGUAUCAGAUACCAUCUGUGAAACAUUUCUUGCUGUAACUUCCUGAAUGCCCAUCAAGAGUAAAGAAUAGGUGACCA